AACCUCUGUUUUUCAGGAGAACCACGCAAGUUUGACCCAACAUUCAGAGGACCAAUCAGCAACAGAAGCUGUACAGACGUGUUUUGCUGUGUGAUCUUCAUCAUCGUCAUCCUUGGAUACAUAGCACUGGGGACUGUGGCGUGGCUACACGGUGACCCCAGGAAGGUGAUCUACCCUACAGACAGCUACGGACAGUUCUGUGGGCAGAAGGGCACCCCAAACGCAAAAAAAUCCAUACUGUUCUACUUCAAUAUCCUGAAAUGUGCCAACCCUGCUGUCCUCAUCAACCUCCAGUGUCCCACCACUCAGAUGUGUGUUUCCAAGUGCCCGGACAGAUUUGCAACCUACACAGAUAUGCAGUUGCAAUACCAAAUCACUGCAGCCCCCUGGGAAUAUUACAGGCUGUUCUGCAAACCAGGAUUCAACAACCCAACAAAGCCUGUUGCACAAGUGUUACGAGACGAGGACUGUCCAUCAAUGAUUGUGCCUAGCAGACCGUUCCUACAGCGUUGCUUUCCUGACUUCAUCACUCUGAACGGAACCCUGACGGUGGCCAAAAGAACCCACUUCAAAGAUGCCCUGGACAAAGCCCGCAGUGUGACUGAACUAAGAGACGCCGCCAAUGGCAUCACAGGUCUAGUGGAUGCUAAGGAGGUUGGGAUGAAGAUUGUGGAGGACUACGCCGCCUCAUGGAACUGGAUCUUAAUAGGUCUGGUGAUAGCACUGGUGGUCAGUCUGAUCUUCAUCCUGCUGCUACGUUUCACUGCCGGACUCCUCCUCUGGUUCACCAUCAUCGCCGUCAUACUGGUGAUCGCUUACGGGAUAUGGCACUGUUACCUGGAGUUCUCCCUCUUGAGGCAGCAGCCCGGGGCAGAUGUGACCAUCGUAGACAUCGGCUUCCAGACAGACGUCACGGUUUACCUGCAUCUCAGUCAAACAUGGCUCAUCUUCUUGAUAGCUCUGUGUACCAUAGAGGCCUCCAUCUUGAUCAUUCUGAUCUUUCUGAGGAAGAGAGUACGGAUCGCUAUCGCUCUACUGAGGGAGGGAAGCAAGGCUGUUAGCUACAUCAUGUCAACACUUUUCUACCCAAUCAUCACCUUCCUGCUGCUGGCCAUCUGCAUCUCCUACUUUUCCGUCACCUCUGUAUUCCUGGCCUCCUCUGGAGAUGCCAUCUAUAAAGUAAUGGCUGCUGAGCCCAACUGCAUGUACGCAAACAAGACAUGCAAUCCUGAGACUUUCAACAAGACCAACGUGUCCAAGACGUGUCCGGGCGCCCAGUGUACAUUUGCGUUCUACGGCGGGGAGACGCCCUACCACCGCUACCUCUUCAUCCUCCAGCUGUCCAACCUGCUCAUCUUCCUGUGGCUGGUCAACUUUAUCAUCGCCCUGGGCCAGUGUACCCUGGCUGGGGCCUUCGCCUCCUACUACUGGGCCCGGAGGAAGCCCCAGGACAUCCCCACCUGCCCCCUGUUUUCUUCAUUUAGCAGGGCCAUACGGUAUCACACUGGCUCGCUGGCAUUUGGUGCUCUGAUUCUGGCCCUGGUUCAGAUGGCUCGAAUUAUCCUGGAGUAUCUAGAUUCAAAACUCAAAGGUGCCAGUAACGUGGCAGCACGCUUCCUGCUCUGCUGCCUCAAAUGCUGUUUCUGGUGUCUAGAGCGCUUCAUCAAAUUCAUGAACAGAAAUGCUUACAUUAUGAUUGCGAUAUAUGGGAAGUGCUUCUGCACGUCAGCUCGAGAUGCCUUCUGCCUAUUGAUGAGAAACGUAGUAAGGGUGGCGGUGCUGGACAGAGUGACAGACUUCCUACUGUUCCUGGGGAAAGUGCUAAUAGCAGGGAGUGUAGGCGUCAUAGCCUUCUUUUUCUUCACACACAAAAUACCAAUUGUUCAGGAAGAUGUGCCGACCUUGCAUUACUACUGGGUACCUCUACUGACGGUGAUAUUCGGGUCCUAUUUGAUCGCUCAUGGAUUCUUCAGCGUCUAUGCAAUGUGUGUGGACACGCUGUUUCUGUGUUUCUGUGAGGACUUGGAGAGGAAUGACGGGAGCCCUGAGAAACCCUUCCUCAUGUCUGCUGAGCUGCACAUGCUGGAUCAAGAGUACAAUGAUGGUUCAGCAACUCGACCCUACCACAUGACCCGCACUCUGAGGAGGAUGCUCCGCAGGCGCCGGACGAAAAGACAGAAGAGUAGGAAGAGAGAAAAAGAUUCAGUAGAGUGA